AUGGUCCUGGCUGUUUGGUUGGUCUCCUUCACCUACACCUGGAUUGCAUGGCUGCCGGAUGCUUCUGCUAUUUCUGCCAUCAAGAGGCACCAUCAGCAGUGCCUAGCUUCAAUGAAACAAACACGCAUAAGGGAAACCGGAAUGAAGAAAGACGACAGUACUAAAGUCUGGCCCCUGAAACGGGAGCAGUUGUUGCACAUUGAAGACCAUGAUUUCUCCACGAGGCCUGGAUUUGGAGGUUCCCCAGUACCAGUAGGUAUAGAUGUCCAGGUUGAAAGCAUCGACAGCAUUUCAGAGGUCGACAUGGACUUUACAAUGACUUUUUAUCUCAGGCACUAUUGGAAGGAUGAGAGGCUCGCCUUUCCUAGCACUACAAACAAGAGCAUGACCUUCGAUCACAGAUUGAUACAAAAGAUUUGGGUGCCUGAUAUCUUCUUUGUCCAUUCUAAAAGAUCCUUCAUCCAUGACACAACGGUGGAGAACAUCAUGCUUCGAGUACACCCGGAUGGAAACGUUCUCUUCAGCCUCAGGAUAACCGUUUCGGCCAUGUGCUUUAUGGACUUCAGCAGGUUUCCUCUGGACACUCAGAACUGUUCUCUGGAGCUGGAAAGCUACGCCUACAAUGAAGAGGACCUAAUGCUCUACUGGAAACACGGCAACAAGUCCUUGAACACGGAGGAGCACAUCGCCCUUUCUCAGUUUUUCAUUGAGGAGUUCAGCGCAUCCAGUGGCUUGGCCUUCUACAGCAGCACAGGGUGGUACUACAGGCUUUUCAUCAACUUUGUGCUACGGAGGCAUAUCUUCUUCUUUGUACUGCAGACCUAUUUCCCAGCCAUGUUGAUGGUGAUGCUUUCAUGGGUUUCAUUCUGGAUUGACCGGAGAGCUGUUCCUGCAAGAGUAUCCCUGGGAAUCACCACGGUGCUCACCAUGUCCACGAUCGUCACUGGGGUGAGCGCCUCCAUGCCCCAAGUGUCCUAUGUCAAAGCAGUGGACGUGUACAUGUGGGUCAGUUCCCUCUUUGUGUUUCUGUCAGUCAUUGAGUAUGCAGCAGUGAAUUACCUCACCACAGUGGAGGAGUGGAAGCAGCUCAACCGGAGAGGAAAGAUUUCUGGAACGUACAAUAUUGAUGCAGUUCAAGCCAUGGCCUUCGAUGGCUGCUACCAUGACAGCGAGACUGAUGUGGACCAGACUUCAUUCUCUCUACACUCAGAAGAAGACUCCAUGAGAGCAAAGUUCACAGGGAGCCCCUGUACAGAUUUGUCUCGGAUAAAGAGAAAGUCUAUGGGAGGAAAUGUUGGCAGAAUCAUCCUAGAAAACAACCAUGCCAUUGAUACCUAUUCUAGAAUUGUAUUUCCCAUCGUUUAUAUAAUAUUUAAUUUGUUUUACUGGGGUAUAUAUGUAUGA